AUGCGUAAUCGAAACAUGCGUCUGCGCUCUGGUCUCACUGCUAAAAACCAGCUCUUGAUAGCCACGAACAUGGAAACACCGCUCUGGAAUUUUCCUUCCUGUCCACCGCACGGCGAGCGAGAGGCUGCCGAGCUAUCGGACGCCCAGACUUAUGCUGCCUCGGCGAAACUAGCUUUUCUCACUUAUCGCAUUGGAUUUAUCUCGAGCUUCGUCUCUGCGGCUGAAGAGACGCUACGAUUUCUUUCUACGAUAUCGUAUCCUCUUUACCAUUUGAGCGUUCAGAUUCUUGAACUUGUCGAGAUGGCUCGGAAGACGUUAGAAUCAGCAAAGGUGUUACCGUACCUAUGGGCGUCAUGUCCUCGGAAACUAGUGCCACACAAAAGGGUGUACGUAGAACUGCUACGAGCGCUUCGGUCGAAGGAGUGCUACAUAGAUCCAGAACACUACGCUCGCCUGCGAGUUCUGCUAUUACCUCUCUCUUCCCGCUGUGCCAUCACCAGAAAGGGGACUGACAGCCCCUCAGCGGGAUCAUUCCAAAACGAGAUCCUUGCCACGCCUUACCCCGUUUCAUCACGGGCAGCUACACCGCCUGGCGUCAUGCCCCCGCCUUCCACAGUCCCAUCGCAGCAGCCAAACAAGCAGCCACAAAAGCCGAGCGUGAAAUCCCGUGCCGAAAACAAACGCCUCUGGACGCCAGAAGAGCUUGCGCCUCCUCCGAGCAAAGUGUCCCACCGUAAGGAGCUGCGUAUGCAGUGGGCGAAUCGCGAGAAUGCCGCGCCUGCAGAGGAGCAAGAAGUGGUAUUCCGUCCUGUCCGGUCACGACUCCGAUUCGGUAUUUGCUUCUCAGCCAAAUCGCCCAUGAACAGCGGUGUGUAUAAGCAGAGGCACCGCGUCACUCGUGUAUCAAGCGUCCGUUCUCUGAUGAACCCAAAGGAAUGA